AUGAACGGCACCAGCAUCGCCGCCGCCGCCGCCGGUGACGACGCCGAGCGACGGCCCCUUCUCGACCGCAAACCCACGCCGCCGUCUCUCGUGUCGAAAUGGCGCGCGCGAAUGACGGCCGAGGUAUCACGCUCCUGGGCCGAUUUGGUUCUCCUCCUGUGCUACGUCGUGACGGGGCUGCUGGACAGCGCGUCCACCCAGGUCUGGGGCGCCUUUGUUUCCAUGCAGACCGGGAACACCGUCUACGUCGGGCUGGGGAUCGCGACCGUCCUGAACCCCCCCAUAUCCGCGCGCCUGUACAAGUCGGGAGUCUCGCUGCUCUCCUUCUGCGCCGGGUCGUUCUUGUUCGCGCGCUUCCACCGCCGCUUCUCCCCGCGGCGGCGAUGGGUGCUUUGCGCGUCGUUUGCGGCCCAGGCGCUGCUGAUUGUGGCCGCGGCCGUGGUCGUGAGCGCCGUGCCACACGAGGACGAGCGCGCCGUCGACUGGACCGUCCUGGUGCCGCUGGCGCUGGUUGCCUUUCAGUCCUGCGCGCAGGCCGUGGCGAGCCGUGCCCUGCGCUACAAUGCUCUGACCAGCGUGGUGUUGACGAGCAUCUACUGCGACUUGUUCUCCGACCAGGACUUGUUCAAGCCUCGCAAUGUCGAGAGGAACCGGCGGGCUGCCGCCCCGGCCCUGCUGUUGCUUGGUGCCGUGGCCGGCGGGCUGUUCUCGCAUAGUUCGUUUGGCAUUCAGGGUGCAUUGUGGAUUGCCGCCGCUAUCAAAGCUGUCAUGGUCGUCUUGUGGUUGUUUUGGCCGGCUGAAGAUGAAGAGUAG